UUUUGUGAUAUAAAAUGUAUGAUUGAUAUUUCAACCAAUAUAUGAGUGAAACAUGAAAACGUAGCCUACAUAUUGUGUCACUCUUUUAUCUACAGGUAAACAACAGAGAUGUUUGAUGAAUUAACUUGUUUGAGUUGAGAACCUGCAGCCUAUCAGCUACCAGCGUUGAUCUUCAAACAUUAAACCACUAAACCACAGCAACCCCCCAGACGCGUGACGCGUGAUCGCUGCCGUCCAUCCGCGACGCUCCUGAAUCGCUAUUGUAACUGGCAGGUGCAACAUGUCCCUCAGACUCACCGGUGCUGAAGCUGCGCGCAUCCCGAAGAUUCCAGCAUCCCGCAUCCUUUCACAGCGACAGUAUGGAUCAUGAAGCCUUUUACCGCCUGAUGAAACUUCUCUCAAUUUUGUUUUUUCGCCUUAUUCAACACGCUCGCAUCUUAACGUGAUCAUCUCGCGAUUUGAUCAUCUUGGGAAUCGGUAACCUGAAUUAUCAACUCGGUUUUUGUUAGUUAUGCUUAACAAUUUGACUCGUGCAACUGCGCUCAAUAAACUGACGCCUUUAUUUAGUUGCACUUCAGCAUCACCAAAAAGCGCAGAGAGAGAUUUCUAGAGUGAAUCAUCUUCUGAACACUCAACUGGAGCAGAACCAGUGCCAUGGGGCCCUUACUCUGGGAAGGGCGCCUGUCAUGUUUUCUUAUCCAUGCUUCUGUUCUCCUGCUGCUCAGCAAGGGGGAACGGCUGUGCCCUGUGCAUUGCCGCUGCGAAGGCAAGAUUGUUUACUGCGAAUCAGGCGCCUUUCAAGAUGUCCCGGAGAACAUCUCUCUAGGGUGCCAGGGUCUGUCCCUGCGGUACAACAGCCUCCUUUUGUUGCUACCUUACCAGUUUGCUCACCUCAACCAGCUGGUCUGGCUCUACCUUGACCACAAUUCCAUCAAUGUAGUGGAUAGACUGGCUUUCCAAGGACUUCGUAGGCUAAAGGAACUAAUCUUAAGCUCUAACAAGAUUGUGCAGUUGCAAAACGGCACCUUUGAGACUGUCCCUAACCUUCGCAACCUUGACCUCUCCUACAACCAGCUGCAGGACUUGAUGCCGGGGCAUUUUUAUGGACUACGCAAACUUCAGAAUCUUCACCUCCGAUCAAAUAACAUCAAUACCAUCCCUGUCCGUACUUUUAUGGAAUGUCGAAGCCUGGAGUUUCUAGAUCUGGGUUAUAAUCGCCUAAGGACUAUAACUCGUACAACCUUUCUGGGACUGCUCAGGCUGACAGAACUUCACCUUGAGCACAAUCAAUUUUCUAGGAUUAACUUUUUCCUAUUUCCACGCCUCUUAAAUCUGCAGGCACUUUAUCUGCAAUGGAAUCGCAUACGGACGGUCGUUCAAGGUUCGCCUUGGACUUGGCACACUUUACAGAAAUUGGAUCUAUCAGGCAAUGAGAUUCAAGUUUUGGAUCCUGCUAUUUUUAGGUGUUUGCCCAACUUGCAUAUGCUCAGUCUGGAGUCUAACAAGAUCAGCAACGUGUCCCAGGAAGUCGUUUCAUCGUGGAUCUCCAUUAGCACUAUCAACCUGGCAGGAAAUAUAUGGGACUGUAGCUCUAGUAUUUGUCCCCUGGUGUCUUGGCUGAGGAAUUUCAGGGGAACUAGAGAUGCCAGCAUUAUUUGCAGCACUCCCAAAUCCCUUCAGGGGGAAAGAGUCAUGGAUGCAGUGAGGAACAACUCAGUGUGUGAGGAGAUAUUCACUGUGGAACCGACCACAGAAUUAAAUCUUCUUCUGACUACUACGACAACUCUUUGGCCAACCCAAAUAACCACUACAACCCCACACACCACAACUAGACAGCUUUCUCAAGUUACCCACAUACAAAGACUCACCCCAAAGGUUUUAUUUCCUGUUCAGUCCAACAAUGAAUUCCUACAACCCCUAACGGUAACAACUACCAGCCUACCCUUCACCCCCGAACCCGAGUUUGAGCAUAUGACCUUCCACAAGAUCAUCGCCGGCAGCGUUGCCCUAUUUCUCUCAGUGUCUUUAAUCCUGUUGGUGAUUUAUGUGUCAUGGCGACGAUACCCUAACAGCAUGAGGCAACUCCAGCAGCACUCUAUUCGACACAAGCGCAGGAAAAAGACUCAAGAGCCUGAGCACAACAUCAACACUCAACUGCAAGAGUAUUAUCUAAGCUACAACCAUGCCAAUGCUGAGACCAUGGACUCUUUGGUUAACGGGGCGUGCACCUGCACCAUCUCGGGCUCCAGAGAGUGUGAGGUAUGACCUACCACUAAAAAAAGGAAUUCUCUGCACCAGGGAGUCAGAGAAUGCAUACAUGUAUCCCAGAUCACUUCCAGGGGCCUGGAUGGGAGACAUAUCUACAAUUCACUGAGGGGCCCGUGAGAAAAUGCACCACUGCCCAUUAUGAUUUGCAGAGGCUCAGAUAAAGCUUUUCCUGGAUUUUGCUUCAGCACUGAGAAUUUUCCAACACAAAAGGAGAAAGAAUUAGGCUGAAUGGGCGGCACACAUACUCAACCCUUCAUUUUGGACUCUUUUAAAAGUGGAGCAAGCGGAUACGGCAUCAAUUUGACACCCUGUCUUCAAGUCGAUCCAGUUUGGUAGUCGCUUCGAUCAACAAUAAAUAUCCCCCACGACUGGGCUUGCAAGGAUGCAAGGCAAAUCUCUCCAUAAUGAACCAGCAAAAUGUUUCUCAGCGCUGCCAUUGUUGCUGUAUGAUAGCUACUACCUCCUCUCCCCCAUGGAAUCAACGUGUACGGUCCGAAUUCCCAUCCAAUUCAUCCCUUUUGUGUUGUGUAGUGAUGUGACAAACUAUUCAUGCUGAAACAUCAGAAAUGUCUCUCGUGAUCAGUGGACGGUAAUUGCUCAAUUGAGCACAACCCACAAGGAGGUUUCUGAGGACUACAUAACAACAGAAGAUAUUUUUGACUGCUGUGAAAACAUCGUGAAGAAAAGCCUGUUUGGACUGUAACCUCACCAUGAGUAUCCACUGGGAUUUGAUUUCAGCCCUGCCUGAACUUGGACACACCACGGGAGAGUUGAAUUGUGGCUAUCGUACAGUAUGUGUGUUGUGAAUGUGUUUUUUGUUCUCUGUUUAAAGCUGAAAUUUCCACUUUCCCUGGAUUUUUUAGGAGUCCUUUCUCUUUGUUCACAGAGAAAAGUCAGCUGACAAUUUUUGUAUGGGCAACAAAUUAUCUGAAUGUGAUGAAUCAAAGAGAGAUCGUCUUUUAAAACACUUCAUGUUUUUGAACCACUUGCAUCUGGAUAGAUCAUACUGGACAUUUUCUCUCAAUACCAUGAAUACUUUGUGCUGGCAGGGCAUUAAGCAGUUCUCAGCUAUUGGGUUGUAGGUCUGUUCUGAUCAUUGUUGUAGACAAAUAAUAAAACGCAGAUAACCAUAUAAUCAUUCAUUUUUGAGAACAAAAUAAAUGCUUUUGUUUUUGCCAUCAAAGAUGUGUGGAAUCCAACUCCAAAUCCAACAGUAUUUUGGCACAAAUUCAUACACUAGACAGAAUGAGAAUCCAAAAAUGGAGUGUCUGCAUGACAUAAUCCUCAAAAACCAUAAACAAACUACUAAAAUAUGACCCACACUAUGCUAAAUACAGGUUCACAGGGUUUGUGUUGCUUUUUAUGGUGAAAUACUGGCUGUUGAGGGCAUCAUACUUCAGAAAUCAAAAUAGCAUUUGUCAUAUUAAUAAUUUAAUAAUUUUUGGGCCUUAGCAUUUCUUGGAAAUGUUACUACAUUGUAAUGUUUGAAUUUGGGGACAUUUUUACUUACUUUUUGUACUACAGUAUAAACAAUUUGGGUAUCAUGUCGGGUCACCACUUAAUUUCCAAUAUAAAAACUGGGUCCUAUUGAGAACCACUGACUUAAUACCAUAACACAUUCAUCUCAUUAGUAUUUUCUAUAUCUGCAUUAUGAGGAGAUUUACAGUACACUACCGUUCAAAUGUUUUGGAUCAGGGUUUUUUUCUCCAGCAUUUUAUAUUGAUUUCUGAAAGAUACUGAUGCUGAAAAUUCAGCUUUACCAGCAUGAUAAUUAAUUCCAUAUAAAACAGCUAAAUUUAAUUCUAAUAAUAUUGCUAUUUUUACUGUAUUUUGAUCAAAUAAAUGCAGCUUUGGUGAGAUUAAGAAACUAUUUUUAAAAAACUUUUUUUUUUAAAUCGUACUGACCCCAAACUUCUAAACGUUAAUGUGUAUCUGGUACAUCUGAAACAAGUGUGUAUGUGCAACAGGAGGACAAACCAAUGUAUCAAUGUAGCUAACGGCAACCAGAACAUCAAUUAAUGAAUGCAAAUGGAGAGAAAGUCCUGGGAAAGAUUAUGCACACGCAAUGCCAUCUGUCCAAAAGUGUCCAAAAGCCCAAAAUCAUAACAAAUCAUUAUAAUUACACCCAUCAUAAUUGGUUAACAUAGCUGUGUCUUUAGCAAGUAACAAGUUGAACGAGAACGAAACCUGCCAAAGCAGAACAAAUGUUUACUGCUAUUAAGGUUAUUGGCUAAAGAGAGCUGGAUUUGAGUUGGGGGUAACACUCUUAAAAAUAAAAGUUAUUUAUUGGCAUGGAAGGGUCAAUGAAGAACCUUAAACAUCCUUGGAACUUUUCCACUGCAUAAAUUCUUUAUUGUGAAAUAAUGUUCUUUAGAAUAUUAAUAUUUUAAUACUGAGGGGAAAAUGGUUCUUUUAUGAACUGUUCCCUUAAAGGUUUUUUGGAGAACC